AUGACCCAGAACCUCCAGUUAGAGAACCAGAAUCUCUGUGCCUUGAUUGCCCAGGGAGGCGUGGCACUGGUGGCUGCAGUGCCCACCAGAAUCAAGUCUCCCGUGGGGAUGCCCUCCUGCUAUGGUGGCCAGAGCGACCAGUUCUCCACAUUCUGUGCCCAGUGUGAAUUAUACAUGCGUGUAAGAGAAGCUGAGUUUCCAACAGAGGACUCGAAGGUGGCAUUUCUCAUCAGUCUGCUAGAAGGGGAGGCUGCCAAGUGGGCCACCCCAUAUCUGAUCCGAAACGACCCUGCACUGGUGCAAUACAAUGUUUUCAUCACAGCCAUGGAAGAGAUGUUUUGA